AUGGCGGACCGUCCGAUCCUGCUGAGAUUCGAGAGCAGGAAUGGCCAAUUUCGAUUGACGGUCAACCAGCAGGACCAGUUUACCUCUCUCCAAGAAAAGAUCAUCGAACAUCUUCCCUCGGAGGUUGACCCCUCAUCGAUUACCCUCUCUAAUAAACCGAUCGGCACUGGCGGGGAAGAGAGAGAACUAGAAGCCUUGGGUGGAGUUGCUAUCGCACAAGUUGGCCUCAAGCAUGGCGAUAAGCUCUUCGUCGGUUAUCGGGAACGAGCUGCUCAACAGAACGGCACCGCCAAUGGACACGCACCUCCCCCCUCCGAACGUCGACUAAAUGGAGCUCCAGUUCCUCAAAAACAGACUGUGCCAAUCCGCCCCCAACCUACCUCGCCAACACUCAACAUUCCAAAUCCAUGGGACGUGGUGCAGCAGUCCCCACUGGACGAUCUUCUCGAUAAGAAGGAUGGCAAGAUCAAGCGGAACAAGGACCAACGGAUGUGCAAGCAUGGUCCACGGGGAAUGUGCGACUACUGUAUGCCUCUGGAGCCCUACGAUGCCAAGUACCUCGCAGAGAAGAAGAUCAAGCACCUCUCGUUCCACUCAUACCUUCGCAAGAUCAAUGCUGCAACCAACAAGCCGGAGAUGAAGAGCUCAUACAUGCCGCCACUCAGUGAGCCAUACUAUCGCGUACAGCGCGACUGUCCAUCCGGGCACCCUCAGUGGCCAGAGGGUAUUUGCACAAAGUGCCAGCCCAGUGCGAUCAGUCUACAGCCUCAAGAGUUCCGCAUGGUCGACCACGUGGAGUUCUCGUCCCCUGACCUGAUCAACUCUCUCUUGGACUUCUGGCGGAAGUCUGGUGCUCAACGUUUGGGAUUCCUCUACGGGACAUACGAAGAAUACACUGAGGUACCUCUGGGCGUGAAGGCAGUUGUCCAAGCAAUCUACGAGCCCCCACAGAACGGCGAGAUUGAUGGUGUUACACUUCGUGACUGGCAUAAUGAGAAGGAGAUUGACGAAGUCGCUCAGCUGUGUGGCCUGCAGAAGGUAGGAGUCAUUUUCACAGAUCUCCUCGACGCGGGCCGUGGAGAUGGCUCUGUGGUUUGCAAACGGCACAUCGAUUCAUACUACCUGUCAUCCCUCGAAAUUGCAUUCGCCUCUCGGCUCCAGGCUCAGAACCCCAAAGCCACGAAAUGGAGCCGGACGGGGCGUUUUGGCUCUGACUUCGUCACGUGUGUGCUGAGUGGAGAUGAGACUGGCGCCAUUUCCGUGAGCUCAUAUCAGGCAACCGUAUCAGCAGUAGAGAUGGUUCGAGCCGACAUCGUUGAACCUUCUGCAGAACCCUCUGUCAUGCUUGUGCAGUCCGAGGAUGACGACGAUGUAGGCAGCAAGACACGAUACAUUCCCGAAGUUUUCUUCCGCCGGAUCAACGAAUAUGGUGCAAGCGUCCAGGAGAAUGCUAAACCAAGCUUCCCCGUGGAUUAUUUGCUGGUCACGCUGACACACGGUUUCCCCACCGAGUCUAUGCCCCUUUUCACCAACAGCAAAUUCCCCAUCGAGAACCGCGAGAUCAUCGGUGAAAGUCAGGAACUGCGACAUGUGGCUCAAAAGUUGAUGUCACCUGGAGACCCCGACAAGGCUGUUCAGGGCGUAUCCGACUUCCAUCUCCUGUGCUUCUUGCAUGGAUUGUCUACGUUCAAUGAGGAUGAGGAAGCGCUCCUCGGUCGAGUUGCGACGGGCCACGCCCCCGUGGAUGGAAUGCAGCUGCUGAAUACUUCCGGCUGGGCAACCUUGAUGACAAUCCUUCAGGAGAGUGGUGAGCGCCCCCCUAAGCGGCCCUGGCCCACCGUGGCCGAGGCAACCCGCCCGCCAUCCCAUCAUGCACACGCCGCCUAUCUUCCCCGAUCCGUUUCUCCCAAGUCCGACGGUGAACAGCUUGCUAAGAGGUUCAAGGGAACUAGUCUAGAGUGA